AUGACGCUUUCAAGGGCGGCCUCUUUGCGCUCAGCAAAUUCUGAAACAUCUUCAGCUGGUGAUGCGACUGAGCGCCUGCGGAAGCGGCAUGGACUUGGCACAAACCAGGAUGGAGACGGGGAGGAAGAGGAGGACUUGCUGGAACAAAACAAGACACUGCAGGAGGCGGUCUUCAGUGCAAUGUACUGCCUGUCCCGCAGCCGUACUGCUGACAGUUGGCGCUGGGCGACACUGAAGCUGGUCUUGGAGGGCCUUGUGCCCUUUCUAGUUGUAUUCAAUCCGCACCAUUGGCCCCUGGACACCGGCAACCCAGUUUGGCAGGUGGUACGGGCCGCCAGGACCAUAGGCAUCAGCACCGCCACCGCCACCGCCACCGCCACUAACCCACCGGCAUUGCCAGCCGCAGCAGCAACUCCCCCUUCCCCCUGCACAAAAGCACAAUUGCCAGCACCAGACACAGGUCCAGCACGAAACAAGAACAUUUCCUUGUCCAAUCAUACCUACGUAUAUUGCCCGCCGUCUGAACAGGGCUAUCGUACGUACGUCAACAUCUUUUACGCGCUUGUGUGCCUUAUCUAUUCGGUGGUGAUUUCCAUUGGUGUCCUCACGCUGGCCAUGAGGCGGCAGCUGCUUCAAAAGUUCACCGAUGCACUGUUCAACAUGGCCUACGUGGCCGUGUUCGACUACAUCAUGUUCCUGUUCAACUGUCGCUUCGGAUCUCCGGGUCACCCGCACAACUACUGGAGCGACUUGGUCGCCAGCUGCGAUCUGAGUCCGGUGGCAACGGGCAUAACUGCUUCUCCGGCCGCCGUGACCAGGCUUCAGGUGCUGGUGCUCAAGGCUUUGUUUGUGGUGGCUGCUGACACGCUAGUCGCUGUUGGUAAGCCCCAAGCCGUGGUGAUGCUGGUGCUGGCGCUGGGAAUCUGCUGGUUGAACUUUCGGGCGCUGCCCUUCCUGAGGCUGUACGUCAACGACAUCUGGGUGGCCGUCUGGGUCGCAGUGUCGUAUCUAUGCACGAUACAUGUGGUAAUGGAUCUCCGUAACGACAAGGAAGCCGGGCUAAUGACGCGGGUCGUACUGUACGGCACAUUUCCGGCGCUGGUAACCGGGGCUGUCGUGACGGCGGUAUGGUCUCGUUGGCGAUUGCGCCCUGCUGCCGCCUACCGGGGUUUGGAUAUUGUCACGGCGCGUCAGCGCAAGUUGAACAAAUUUUCGUCGCCAGCUGACGUAGAGGUCGUGGCACGGGUCAUGCGGCACUUCGAUUCAGAGGGUGUAAUCCUGGAGGAGGCCGCCCAGCUGGGGGAGACCAUCAUCAAGUGCGGCAUGGCUGUGUUUCCCGGCCACGUGGGCCUCCUGAUUCUGUACGCCAACUUCCUGAUGGAGCCUGGUUCAGCGCUACCAGAUUUUCAGCACCAUCGAGAACAGCAAGCGGCUCAAGGACGGGCGGUUAUCCGGGUGCAUAAGGCCUCCCUGGCCGCUCAGCGGGAGGUCUGGCAGCUGAUGCAGCACCCCGCAGUGAAGGCGGCGGCGAUGGAUGCGGCGCUGCGUGCUCUGGAUGCGACAGCUGAGGCUGCACACAGGGUGUAUCGGAGGGUCCUCGAGCGUUAUCCUCACAACGGCAAGCUGCUCCGUUGUUACGGCAAGUUCCUGGAAGAUGUACGGCAUGACCCGGUGUCGGCGGCUCGGGCUUAUGCGGAUGCAGCGCGAAAUGGAGGUGGUGAUGGGUUGCUUUCCUUAGAUCUGAAGAUUACCGGCAGCGACAAGCCCGAGUUCCUAGCUUCCAUGGACCUCCACGACGAUGCGUGUAUCGUUAUUAAUGCGGAGGGGAAGAUACUCAUGGUCAAUGCGUGUGUCACGGACCUGCUGGGGUAUCCCCGGUCAGAACUAGAGGGCUCCAAUGUAUCCAUGAUUAUGCCGCAGCCCUUCUCCAGUCGUCACACGGGGUACAUAAGCAGAUACGUGCAGGGCGGUGAGCCCCACAUCCUGGACACGGUCAGAGACGUGGUGGCGCUACACAAGGACCGUUACGUGUUCCCGUUGCAGCUUUGCGUCACAAAGCUUUCAGGAGUGGGAACCGACGCCAUCUUCCUGGGCCUCCUGCGUCCGCAGCCUCUGGACAGCCGCAACAUGCGGGCCUGGGUGGCGCCCAACGGCGUCAUCCUGUGCACUGACCCGCAGUUCUCAAGUCUGACCGGGCUGCUGGGGGAGGAAAUGGUUGGCCGCAACUUCCGGACCCUCUGCACCGACAUUGCCGCUGUGGACGCGAUGUUGGAGAGCUGCCGUACCGCGCCGUACGAACAACUCGUGGCGGGCGAAAUCAGUUUCAACCUUGAAAUGGCGCACAGGUACCUUCCGCCGAUGCCCGUGCGUAUAACCGUCAAGCCAGGUGGCACGGACUCACAACGAAUUUUCGUCAUGAACGCACAGCGCGUCUGCAACGCCGACACAGGUUUCGGCGGCGGCGGUUCCUCGGAGUCCGCGUCUGCGCCUUUCUUCUCAUCGUCGUCGUCGUCUUCGUCGUGUUCUGAGGGCCUUAUUGUGGUCGAUGCACGCGGUGGGCUGGUGUUUGCAACAUGGGAUGUUGCAGCCAUGCUGGGCUAUCCAAUGCGCUCCUUUUUGAGGUUGCGAUUGGAACAGCUUCUUCCGGAGCCCUUCGCCACGUUGCACGUCGGCAAAUAUCUGCGGGAGGCUCCCGCCACGAUACCCCCCGUAAGCUGCCGGGCUGGGCGCCUGGUGCACCUGGUCAACAGCAACGGCGCCCAGGUUAAUAAGGUUGACACCAACAAUGACAUUGCGCUGCAUGCGGAUAGACGGCUUGUGUUGACAUGUUCCAUGGACGGGUCCAUUGUCUUUGUGGAUCAGCCGUCAUCUGCGCUUUUUGGAUUCUCGGCCUCAGCGUGUGUUGGAUCAAAUCUCGCCGACUGCAUUGAUGUUUUUUCGGAGUGGCGCACCAAGGCAGGCGCCCAUCAGACGGAACUGCUGCUACUGAGCCUACUUGAUAAGGAAGCAGAGAUGCCGGGUACCAGUUGGCGUGUCAAGGUGCACAGCCCCGAAACUGCAGAGGAUGGGGAGCUCCGGAACCUGCCGCCGAGUGGAAAUGUGGAUGCCAAGGUGCCAACACGAAGACCCGUGGGUCGCUCCGCCUGCCUCCAGACCGAGCUCGUGGAGACGGUGCAGGACGAGAGAAACAGGGGCAGCGGCGGCGGUGGUGGGUUCAAUGGUGGCGGUGGCGGUGGUGGUGGUGCACAGGCGAGCGGCAGCCACGCGGGCUCAUUCACGGAAGCGGUGGGCGCCGCCGUCAAAAGUGGCGCUGUUGUCAACAGUAGCGGUGGCGGUGGCACCCAGAAGAUUCUCGCUCGGAUCAUUCUAUGGCGACGUGAUAUCCUGACUGGCACAGUUGAGCUGGACGAGCAGCUUGUGGUACGGAAGGCAGACAUCAGUACUGGGCUCAUUGUGGGGCUACCACCGUCAAGCCUGCCAAAAAUGCCGCUCAGCAGAUCCCACAAGCCGUCUGCGCUCAAGGGUAGCACUACAGCUGUGGUAUCGGAGCCCAAAGCCUUUAUCGGUCCACAUCCCGACGGUGGCACCAUGCGCAUCAUCCUGCAGGGUGUCAGCAGCCUGGGCAGCAGCAGCGGCCGCAUCCUGGUCACGCUCCACCCGGAUACAUCCUACGUGGGCGCCAGGGCCAACUUGUACCGGGCACUGGGGCUGGAAGCCAUCAUUCACAAUCAACAGCAGCAACAGAGCCAACAGCCGGGGCAGCAAGGGAGGAACCCAGACGAGCGCCUGCCGCUACAGCGCCCUACUCCGCGUGCGGUGCUGCCCCGCUCAGAUUCAGUUGCCAACCCACGGGUCGGCCCCGCCGCCGCUACUUCCACAACCGAUCCAUGGGGCGGCGGUGCUGCAGCGCCGGCCGUAGCCGGUGCCGCAGCUCCCGGCGCCGUCGCAGCCGACGCUGCAAAGCCAAGCACCCUCUGUGAUGUAGCGGGCUUGGGGGCUGGAGGCGGGGUUGCUACGCAAGCUGGCGGCGGGUACAGCGCCCGGGAUGACUCGUCGGGCUCCCAGUCGCCCUGGUCCUGA